CAGAGAGCCCGGGGACAGGCAGCACAUCACACGGGCCGUGGGGAGGGAGGCAGCGCGGGGAGAGCCGGGGAUGGAGGCUCAGGCUCCCUGUGCCCGGCUCCAGGAAUGUCCCGCUUCCCCUCGUGAUUGGCUGCGGGCUGGAGGAGUCAGUUUUCACGGGGGCCGAUCAAAAAGUUCCCUUUUGCUUUCCAAAGUCGCUGUGUGAGCGGAGCCGUCGGGAAGAGGAGGCCGGGCGCUCUGGCGUUCCUGGGGAAAGCUGCUCCGAGGAGAUGAGAGGGCUCCUCUCCCCGAGCACACAGGGCCAGCAAGAGGCUCCGAGGGGCCGCUCUGCUCCUUCCCUCGCCCGGGCCGGGCGGAGCGGCGCUCACUCCUGGCAUGCGGCUCAUCCCUCAGGAUACCAUGUCCCAGUACUCCACUAACUUCCUGCUGCUGCCCAUCCCGGAGUACCCCGUGGGGGACCUCGUGCCCAACAAGAUCAUCAAGCUGGUGGUGCUGGGCAGCAGCGUCGGCAAGACAGCCCUGGUCGUGCGUUUUCUCACGAAGAGAUUUAUUGGGGACUAUGAAGCCAACACUGGUGCUCUGUACUCCAGGAAGUUCACCAUCGACGGGGAGCAGAUCUCCCUGCAGGUGCAGGACACUCCCUUUGUCUCACUGGAGGACGACAGCGACAGCAUCUGCUGCCAGGAGCAGAUAAACCGCUCCAUCUACUGGGCCGACGGCUUCGUCUUCGUCUACUCCAUCACGGACUACGAGAGCUACCGCGUGCUGCGCCCGCUGCACCAGCACAUCCGCAGGAUCCACCCGCACGCCAACAUCCCCCUGCUGCUCGUGGCCAACAAGGGCGACCUCCUGCGUGCCAGGCAGGUGUCCUCCUCCGAGGGGCUGCAGCUGGCCGGGGAGCUGGGGGGCUCCUACCACGAGGUGUCGGCGCGGGAGAGCUGCGAGGCCGUGCACGAGGCCUUCCGGCAGCUGUGCCAGGAGCUCAGCAGGAUCAUCGGCAGCUGCAACGGAGAGAAGCGCCGCGGCCUCCACCUCGUCCGGCCCAAGUCCCCCAACAUGCAGGACCUGAAGAGGCGCUUGAAACAGGCCCUGAGCUCCAAAGGGAAGUCUGCCACCGCCCUCUGAGGGGCCACGGCGAAUGGUUUCCACAGAAAGGCAGCGAGCUGGAACAGUUCGCGUUGUGGGAGAGGCUCUUCGGCCUGGUCUUCACAACUUCACCAAAAAACCCAGGCUCGCUCUGCAAAGGAACCUGCAGAACUCACUGGGUCUGCAAAGGGACCUACAGAACUCACUGGCUGUGCAAAGGGACCUACAGAACUCACUGGUUGUGCAAAGGGACCUACAGAACUCACUGGCUGUGCAAAGGGACCUACAGAACUCACUGGCUGUGCAAAGGAACCUACAGAACUCACUGGGUCUGCAAAGGAACCUGCAGAACUCACUGGGUCUGCAAAGGAACUCACAGAACUCACUGGGUCUGUAAAGGAACCUGCAGAACUCACUGGGUCUGUAAAGGAACUCACAGAACUCACUGGGUGUGCAGAGGAACUCACAGAAUUUGCUCUUUGAGGCAAGAAUUUGCAAACUGUGAUUUUAAAAAAAAAGGUUUUGUCCCCAGUUAUUUCCAUUCUGAAAGGGGCACAGUCAAACGGUUUAGUCUUCAGAAGUGGAUUUCAUUAAUAAAAGUGAUUAAAUCCUGCUCUUAAGAGAUGUGCCUUCUCUUGGGGAUGGUGGUGUUGCCAAACACAGGCCAUGAACUGCAGCAGGACAUGAGGAGAGCGGCGUGAACUGGACUGAGCAAGCAAAAGGCACCAGAUUUGUUUGGUCACCAGAGUGGAAAAUAAAGGCAAAACGUCAAUGAAGAGUAUAAAUAGUGAAAAGUAGUAACUGAAAGUUUCUAAAUGGCAGUUUAUAAAGUGUUCUUAGAAACUUGGGGAGAGAUUUGUUCAAAUGCAAGCCUCAACCUUCAAAGGGAGCUUUUUUUUAAAUCACUAUUUUUCCGGAUUAUUUCCCUUUAAAAGCAUGUUGACUGUUUCUGAAAGUGAUUAUCUGGGCAAAACACAUCCUUGGAGCAGCAUUUUGCAGGCAGUUUCUCACACUUCUCAUUUUUCUGAAGGUUUCCUACGUGGCAGCAAGGGAGGGACAAACAGAUGGUUUAAAACCUGCCCCAAAAUGGACUGUAUUGAUCAAGAGCAAGGAGGUCACCCCAAACUACUGAACUUUUUGUUUUCCCCAAUCUGGUUAGACUUCAAGAUGCUGUUUUAAAGAAACAAGGCCCUCAAGUGAAGUAUGUGCAAAUCAUUAGGUUUGUUGGGUUUUUUUAAGGAAGAAAGGGUUUUAUGAUGCCUGACAUUUCUGGCUUGGUGAAUUCCUGAUUUUGUUGUUUUGCUGGAGACCAGAGCUCCCUGGAUCCCUCCCAGAGCACCCAGAUGAUGUGAACACACACUUCAGUGGCAGUGCCAGCAUUCCAAGGAUUUGAAGCUGUAUCCCAUGGGCUGCCCUGGUUUAUGGGACCAGCAGCAACAACAGGAACUUCCAUCAUCCUGCUUGUGGUGAGAGGGGCUUGGACCAGGUAAAAUUGCUGAUGGAACGACCCUGCCUUCAAACAGACCCACAGGAGCAACCCCCAGGACGUGGAGCUGGGUGAUUUACACUCAGGGACACAGAAGGGAAGCCCAGCUUUGCUGGGUGUACAGAAACACUCCCAGCUGCACUUUCAGCUGGAAAUGCUGAGCUAAAUCAACCUUCUACUCAUCCUGAGCAGCACAGCUGUAAAUUGAGUCUGAUGAGCAUUUGUGGAGCCCAGGGCUUGGAAAUGCAUUUUGUAUUUUUUUUGUGGCCCCACAUCAGACAACUCUGAUCACCUGGAUUGGCUUCAUCUACAGCUCACCUUCUGGUUUAUUUAUUGUUUCCUACAGCUGGCCCUUGAGUUCUUAGUAAUUUGAAAUUCUUUUAUUCCCACAGACGACCUGCACCUGUUUUUAAAUUCGGUUUCAAGCGGUGGUGGGAGAAGGAAAGGCAAGUUCCCCCAAAGGGGGUCUCGGGGGAUGUCAGGGGGUUUCUGCUUUGGGUGAUGGUUAAUGAGCAGUCUGAUGGUUGGGCAGUGUCAGUAAUCACCACGGGCACUUUGGAAUGGUAUUUAUGGCCCAGAGUGUCAAUGUUUUAAGUCACUGAUAGCACAGCUCAAAUAUUGAAUCUAAAGAUUCAAUAGGUCAAAUAUUGAACCCAAAGAUUCAACACCAUGAAACAGAGCAGUUUGCAGAGACACACAGGCUGAAGUGCCUUUCCAUUGGAAAAAUGAUCACCAGUUUUGAAUGGCAAUUAAGUAUUUUGCCAUCCCAGCACUGUGUAACAAGGCUAAAUGUGCUGAAGACAAUUUGCUGGUGUUUUUUUUUUUCAUCAAAGCCCAAGAGACUUUGGUGCUCCAGCCCAUGAGAGCUGUUUGCAGCUCACUCCUUCAGCUCUAACCCUUUCUUAUCUCGGAAGAAAGUUCAUCCAGUUUCAAACCUGUCAGUGUUUUACUUUCAUUAGUGAUUAAUAAAACCAUGCAGGGUAUUUCCUGAGUGGUGGAUAAAAUGGCUCCUGUAUGUCUCCCAUCUUUCAAUAUUCCUUGUUUACACUGGACUAGAAUAUAUUGGUUUCCCUUCUUACAGUCUCAGACACCCUGCUUUGGAAGCACACACAGAUAUUCCUUACAUAAGGAAGAAUCCCCACAUUCCCCUGGGGGAAAAAAACGCUACAUUUUAGCUAAAGCCAAAAAAUAUUGAAACACUUAAAGUCUCCUCUUAAAUACAAACAUGUGGCCAACAUUUCUUGUGCCACAGGAACGGCAGCGUUUCCUUUGUUGGACACAAAUCCUGGAGGGCUCUGCCAUUGCUUUGAAGCCAGGAUUUACCAUCUGCAGAGGGCAAUAAAGCUCAGAAUUUAUUUUGGGGGGCAGGACUUGAGCCCCAGAACAUCCCUGUGCCACUGGAGGCAGCAGGAAAAGCAGGGAGAAAAGAAUGCUGUGGAAUGAGGUGCCUAAAAAUAAUCAUGCAAGAGAUCAAAGUUUAGUCAUGUAGAACCUGCUCCUGAAUUAGAAACUUCAGGCUGCCAGGGAAAAACAUGGAUUCACUGAAGGUUUGGAUUAACCCUGCAGAGAGAGAAGGUACUUGACAUAAAAUCAAGAGAGGAAAGGGGAAUAAAGGUUUGAGAGUGUGGGGUGUUUUUCUGGAUAUCAAAGCAAGUUCUCUUCUCAGUCACAUCGAUUCAGUCCAGAUUAGUCCCACAGGCAGCAAGAGCUGGAGAACUCCUCUUUUUUCUUUUUUUUUUUUUUUUAAUUUUCUUCCUCCAUCCCUCAUCAUUCUCCUGAGCAUUUUAAACC